AUGCAUCCAGAUGAAAUUGCUGCAAGAAUAAGAAAGCAUUUCGAGAGCGGCCUGAACCCAUUUUUGGCUUCGGCGAACGAUGAAGGAUUGGUAUCCGUGAGGAAGGGGACCGACGAGGCAAUACAGAACUUCUAUGCUCAAGUGUCAGCCAAGACCGCAUCGCAGCUCGAGAAAGUAUCCGGAGAAUGCUCACAGCUUCGGGAGAGGUCGACCGAGACCGCAUCGCAGCUCGAGACGGUGUUCGGAGAAGAAUGCUCACAGCUCCGGGACGCGUCAGCCAAGUCUACAUCAGAGCUGCAGAAAGUAUCCAGAGAAUACGCUCAACUCUCAGAGGACGUAACGGUGCUACAAGAUGACAAGGAGAGAUUACAAGCUGAUUGUGACGCGCUGGACGAGGAGAACGUAGCCUUGCGGACAGAGAUUGAAGCGCGUGACGAGCAUAUCGAAGCCUUGCAGGAGGACCAAGUCGGCUAUCGUCGCGGGGCUGCAUGUCGCUCGCUUUACACUACCUCUAUAGACCAAGGUCGAUCCAGCAGCACAGUCGACGAGGACGCUAUCGAUAUUCAUCUUUGGGACCUAGUCAAGGAGGAGGCCAUUCACCACGCGGACCCAGCCAAAUCUCUCCCGCCACGGCUUUAG